CAAACCGCCAUUGCGCUUUCCCUGUUCGAAUGGCUGAAGCGAUCUCCGAGAGCAUUUCGUUCUUCCGCUCCCAGCUCGAGAACCGAAGAUUCGGCGACGCAACUCUCCGAAUCCUGGAAUCAGUUCUAGUCUCCAAAGAUGUCCUAUCGCUUCUGGAGACCAGAUCGGCCUUGCGAUAUCUCUUGCGAUCCGAGGCCAUCUCAGUGGUGCGAGAAAUCUCGCAGAAGACGGCCGACGAGAAGCUCUGUGCCGUUGAAUUCUUUGUCCGGGCGUUUGCCCUUGUUGGGGAUGUGGAAAGUUGCUUGGCUUUGAAAUAUGAGGCCUUGGUUCUACGGGAGACUAAAUAUCUUAAAGGUCAUGGCCUUCAAGUAUUGCAUGAGGAGUGGCUAACUUUUGCCAAAGACUCACUUGAUAAUGGAUUUUAUGCCAUUGCUGUCAAGGGUUUUGAAAGUGCACUUAUGUGCAUUCAGUCUAACAAUAACAUUGAUCCAGUAACUGUCACCAUGGAGGAACACGCUGUAAACAAGAUCAAAAAACUGAGAGACAUGGCCACGGCAUUAGUUGCUUCACAUUCUGAUAAAAGUCCUGCACAGCAUGAUGCAGCUUUUACAUGUUUGAGGUCACUCCAGUACUCCCCACGCAAGGACCAGGCGUCCGCUUUCUUACCUAGUCGAAACGAGUAGCAACAAGAUGUAUCAGGAAGGUGGAUCAAUAUUGACUAACCUAUUAAGCUUUGGUCAUUGCGGCUCAAUAAAACAAGAUAAAAUUGCAGCAGUUUUGGGACAGACGUCUCAUCUCAAUUGUGGAGCGAGUUCCUUAUUAGGAAUGAACAGCAAGAAUCCAUAUAUUCUCAUUCUCAACAAUUGGGAUGAGACCCGUUGGAUAUAGCAUCUAGUUCAUAAAGACCUGAUGGCUUGUGAUGCCGACGCUAUGAUGGCAAUACUGAACUUUGAUGUUGUAAGAAACGCCAUGACCUUGAACAUUGGGAAAUUUCUCAUUCACCAUCUGACCUUAGAAACUGAUAGACUGGAGUUAUUUAUUGAUGAUUCCUCUCCAUACACCAUGUUCACUUCCAAUCAUUCAACUAAAUAUUGGAUCUACCGCCAUUCUUGAGCAGACUGUUGCCCCCAAUCACAUUUGUUGUGUUAUAGCCCGUUACAUUAUGAGGAUUUACUUGUGUUCACACAUGAGCAGAAUUACAUUGGAUGUUGAAUGAUUUGAGAAUUGAUUCUCCCUUUUUUUUUUUAGCUUGGUACAAUCUUCUUGCUAUGACCGAAUAAAGACGUAACUAAGCUCACAUUCUUGAUAACUUUGCGUGCAACACCAUUUAAAAGUAUAAUAUUUAUUUCCAAAUUUUGAGGACACAGUAUCCUACCAUCAUAGUUAUACAGUGUUGGCCUACAUGAAUCCGAUACUUGGGGCAUGCAUUUGGACGUAAUGCUUUUGCUUCUCUUAUGGCUCUUUGUGCGCAAUGAAAGUUUUCGACUGCUUUAAUUCAAACAAUUUGAGCCACAGAAUGACUGACUGAGUUCUGUUUCAUCUCCAAGAAAACUUUUUGCUGCAAAUAUUGCUUGGUAAUGCUUUUAGUGUUUUGGGACUGAUCAGUUCAGACAGAGUCUGCUACAUACUUGAAAAGAAAAGCCAUCCAUGAAGACCUCAUAGGCAGUUCGUGCUCAGCCACCACAACCUAUGUUGCAAGUUCAAUGUUCCGACAAGGGAUCAAGAGGAGGAACAUGCAAAAACUUUACCGGAGUCAAGUCCUUUGAGAUUCACUUGACUUUUGCCAACAUAGAAAAAGUGGCAACAUUUUACCGCAUUGGACGUCCUAAAGCUUUGCUAGGGCGGAUGCUCAUGGCCAUAUUUUUUUCAUUCCAUUAGUCCAGCCCAGUUUUUGUUUUCUUGUCAUUUUUUCCCUCAUUGUUGUACGAGAAUCCAGACUCCCCUUCUUCCACCCAAGAAAAAAAAAA